UUUUUCACAAUUUUUGUCCAAGUGCCCCUGACUCUAUUGUCCUUUAAGCGAUUGGUUUCAUUUUGCCAUAAAUCAUUUUACCAAGAACUACAAAACUGUUAAAUUACCGUAAGGUGGUCUGAUCAGAACUUUUGUUAUUUGUUUCCGUCAAUUCUUAAUUAAUUACAAGUUUAAAAUUUAGAUUAAAUUUUGAUUGAAGAAUUAUGGGCAUUCUACGCAACAAAGAAAAGCUUUAUGAACCAAUUCGAAUUGAGGAUAUAACUGAUGAUGUUGGCGAGGAUUAUGCCAAUUACAUUCUUGAAUCUGAUUUUUCUGACGAUAAUGAGCAAGCUACUAAAGAGGGUACUAAAAGUUUUCCUUGUAAGAAGACUCGACGUUAUCGUCCACGCAAAUGUGUUGAGAUGGUUGAUGGCCUAGCUCCAAAACGUAAUAUGAGUGGUCAUAAAUGGAGGCGAAUAGAGAAUGCUCGAAUGAUUAUGAACUAUGCGGAUUUGGAUGAUAUUUAUUUUGAUGGUUCUGAUUUGAUUGAUGAAACAAUUACUGCUUUUACUCGUCUUUUGCGUGAUGAAUCGAAAAUGAAGGUUUUUGUUUAA